AUGAUAAAAGGAGAGAAACAUGGAGUCAUUUUGGUCGACGAAAUGAAACUAAGUGAAGGCGUUUAUUUUGAUCAACAUUCUAUGAAAUUUAGUAGUUUUGUAAAUCUUGGACAGCACACCCCGGAAGACUUGAAAAAUAAGACAGCAGAUCAUGCCUUAGUUUUUAAGUUUGUACCCUUCAGAGGUAGAUGGGUUCAAGCUUUAGGCUGCUUCCUUUCUAGGAAUGCUUGCAAAAGCGAACCACUUCAUAAGCUUCUUUUAGAGUGUAUUGUACUUAUGGAAAAUAGUGGAAUCUGCAUUGAUGCUGUAGUUAUGGAUGGUGCAUCGUGGAAUAGAGGGGUUUGGAAAAUUUUCGGUAUUGACGACAAAAACAUUAGCUGUGAACAUCCUUAUGAUAGGUCACGACGAUUGUGGAUGAUUUCGGAUUUUAAUCAUUUAUUAAAAUGCUUCCGAACAUCUACUUUGGAUGACAAUUUACAGGAAUUCCAGACCCCUUAUGGAAUAGUCAAAAAGAAGCAUUGGGAAGCUCUCUUAGAAGAGGAGAAUUAUCGUCAGCCCAAUAUGAAAAUUGCCUACAAAUUGACACCUGCCCAUUUAAAACCUAAAGGCUUUCAGACAAUGAAUGUGCCUCUUGCAACACAAGUAUUUGGUCAUGAAGUAUCAGUUGCAAUGGCUCAUUACCAAUCUGUUUGCGACAAAUUAAAAGAUUCUACACCAACGCAAAAAUUUAUUGAUGUUGUUUAUAAAUUAAUAAAAGCUAUGUCAUCACGCGAGCCAAAAAAAGCUCUGUAUGUGAAGGAAGAUUGCUGUCAAAAACAAGCAAUUUUGGAUUUCUUACAAUUUCUUGAAGAUUGGGAGAAAGUAGAAAAAAAAAACCUGUAUCAAGGAGUAUGUUACUAG